UUCGGACCCGCUCUUACCUCGUCCCCUUUCAGCAGCAGGUCGCAGUGCUAGCCGGACAGCAAGAAUGUCUGAUAGAGGAGCUUUCGAUACCAAUGUGGUGACCCUCACCAGGUUUGUUCUGGAGGAAGGCAGGAAGGCCCAAGGGACAGGAGAACUGACAACCCUGCUGAACUCCAUCUGUACUGCUGUCAAAGCUAUUUCUUCUGCAGUCAGGAAGGCUGGGCUUGCUAACCUAUAUGGGAUCGCUGGAAGCACCAAUGUGACGGGCGACCAGGUGAAGAAGCUGGACGUUCUGUCCAAUGACCUGGUGAUCAACAUGAUCAAGUCAUCCUUCACCUCCUGCGUCCUGGUCUCAGAGGAAGAUGAGAAAGCCAUCAUUGUGGAGCCAGAUAAAAGAGGAAAAUACAUCGUCUGCUUUGAUCCACUGGAUGGUUCUUCCAACAUCGACUGUCUUGUCUCCAUUGGGACAAUCUUUGCCAUCUACAGAAAGACCACAGAUGGGGAGCCUUGUGAGCAGGAUGCUCUACAGCCCGGCAGAAAAAUCGUAGCCGCUGGUUACGCCCUGUACGGCAGCGCCACCAUGAUGGUCAUCUCCACUGGUCAGGGUGUGAACGGCUUCAUGCUGGACCCGGCAAUUGGUGAGUUCAUUUUGGUGGAUAGAGACGUGAAGAUCAAGAAAAAGGGUAAAAUCUACAGCUUGAACGAAGGAUACGCGCAGCAUUUCUACCCAGAUGUGACGGAGUACCUUCAUAAGAAGAAACACCCAGAGGAUGGUUCUGCACCAUAUGGGAGCAGAUAUAUUGGUUCAAUGGUGGCAGAUGUUCAUCGGACACUGGUGUAUGGUGGGAUCUUCUUAUAUCCUGCUAAUGUCAAGAGUCCAAAGGGCAAGCUGAGGCUGCUGUACGAAUGCAACCCCAUGGCCUUCAUCAUGGAGCAGGCGGGAGGCAAGGCCACUACUGGGUCACAGAACAUUUUGGACAUCCAGCCCACCAACAUCCACCAGAGAGUCCCUGUGGUCUUGGGAUCCCCCGAUGAUGUGCAAGAGUACAUUUCCAUCUACAAGAAGCAUAACAAAUGAGGUUGAAUCUGAUGGUCAGGACUGACGAAACAGCCAAGAUCCAUAACUCCUUCAUCAGGACAGCCGUUUUGUUUUUGCCCAGUCCCAAUGCUGCACUGAUAAAGGGACCAAAACCUUCACUGUAUUUACACACACUCUGCUUCAAAUUGUGCUGUUCUCAAAGAGAUACCCUGUAUUUUUUAAAUAAAAUGCUGAUUAAAUGAUGGUCAUGAAUCA